GCCAUCCGCUGCACUGCCUUCCAUUCUUGCUGCUCUGUGCUGGCUUAGUCGUCUCACUCCGUCCCGCACUACGGGUCCUCCUACAGUACCAUGGUGCUACCCGCGAAGGUGCAGGCCAGCAUCAUGUCUUGGUUAGACGAAAGAUCCACUGCAGCCCCUUCUGGACAAUCUGGGCCAUCAGUCGCACAAGAUGAUUACACGUAUCCUGUGCUUACCCCAGCGGACCUUUUCUCUCUGAGCUCGGGAGGCUUCGCGGCGGGCUCGCCUGGCGUGGUCGUCAAGGAUGGAUUUCUCGGCAGAGAGCAAGCAUUGCAAGCUCACGCGGCUGCGCUUGAGGUUGAGAACGGCGGAAAAAUGAAGCCUGCCGGUAUGGGCCGAGGGGAUGGAGUCUGGCUUGGCCAGCAGUCCAGGGGUGAUAGCAUCAUGUGGAUCACGGAAGGCAUUCGGGGCAAGGGAGAGCUUCCGGAGGGCCUCGAAAACCUCCUGAUGCGCUUGUUCGCCUUGAGAGGGCCGCUUAACGACGGUUGCGGAUUGCCUACGACCUCCUCUGCGACAGGACUGGGCCUGGUGAAGGACACUACCUCCGUGCAGCUGGCGAGAUAUCCGGGCGACGGGCGCGGCUACGUGCGACACCGGGACACCCCGCGGAGUGCUCAGGAUAGCGAGGAAGCAGAGCGGAAGAUUACUGCGCUGUACUACCUCAAUCCCGACUGGAGACCCUCAAUGGGGGGCCAGCUGCGGGUGCACCUGGACAGCCGCCGCGAAGCAGCGGCGGAAGAAGGCGGACCCCGACCAGCGGGUGAGGAGGAGGAGAAGGCCGGCCGCAAGUGGGACAUCGAGCCGGUGUUGGACCGCCUUGUGCUCUUUCGCAGCGACCUGGUGGAGCACGAAGUGCUACCGGCGUUAGCCCCUCGACUUGCGGUCACCCUUUGGUUCUACGGCAGACAGCUGGGACUCCCGGCGUCGCCCUCGGCGCGAAGGCCAUCGUCGGUCCCACCACUCCCAGCUCCGGAGCAGCAGCUGGCGCCGGGAGAUGACACCCGCGACAACGUUCGCCCGCUACCGCCGCCCGACGGGAGUGGCGCAGCGCACGCAGCCGAGGCCUCGAUAUUCGUGAGCGUCGUGAGCUACCGAGACUCGGAGGCGAACCCUACCGUAGUCGACCUGUUCGCUCGCGCGGCCAACCCGGGGCGAGUGAGCGUGGGUCUGGUGUGGCAGUUGGAGGCGGGCGUUGCGGAAGACGAGGCGAUGCGCCGGGCGACGCCCGGGGGCAAGGAGAUCAGGGGCGGGCGGGUGCGGUCGUUGUUCAUGCCGGCGGUAGAAGCGGCGGGUCCUUCCUGGGCCCGGCGCGUGGCGCAGUCUCUGUGGAAAGGGGAGAAGUACGUGCUGCAGAUCGACAGCCACACGCGGUUUCGGCCUGGCUGGGACUCCUACCUCAUCCAAACCCUGCAGAGCUGCCCGUCCUUCAAGCCGGUCCUAACCACGUACCCGGUGGGGUACGAGAUGCCGCACAAGAUCCCUGCGGGGGAGACCAGGCCGACGCUGCUUGUCCCUGACGGCUUCGGGCCAGACGGGAUGCUGCGCCAGACGGGCAGGCUGCUCCUGCGGAAGGCGCGCGACCCGUUGCCUUCUCCGCUUUGGGCCUCGGGGUUCAGCUUCAGCGCGAGCGCUAUGCUCGUCGAGGUGCCCUACGACCCGGGUCUCAGGCACUCGUUCUUCGGUGAAGAGGCCUCCAUGGCGGCGCGCAUGUUCACCCGGGGUUGGGACUUCUUUGCCCCCCCACAGGCGGUGGUGUAUCACCUUUGGACCAGAGGGCACCGUGCCAGCUUUCGGCAGAUAUCGUUUCUCCGUGAUGUGAAACACCGAACGAACGAACGAUCGAACGGACGGACGGUUUCAAGCAGAACUCAACGAAAGAGGCCGAGGCGGAAGAGGCAUCCGCGAAUCGUCGGCUCCGCUGGCUGCUUGGUGGCGGCGGCAGCACCCCUUCUUCCUCGCCCCCGGGAAACGGCAGCGGCGGUGAAGGCGAGGGCAGCUCCGCCGGGGACCACGGCGAAGCCGCAGAGGGUGGUUUCUCGGAGGCUAAGGAGGAGGGGCAGGAAGCCUGGGGGCAGCAGGGGAGCGCGGAGGAUGAGCAGCACUGCUAUUUCGCCCGUCCUGGCGAAGAGUUCGGACUGGGCACCGCGCGGACGCUGCAGUCCUUCGCAGACCGCGUUGGCGUAGACUUCCGGACGGCGACAGUGACGUCACCAAGCGCCAGGAACGCCGGCAGGCCUUCCGCCGACUUCACCGACAGCGCAGUGUCGGGGCUGGAGGGGGUGCUCGGCCUUCUACAGGGGAACCUUAAAGGCCCAUGAGGCAGCAAGCUGGGCGCGGGGCGAGCGCCAGACGGAGAGGGGCUUGGUUUUGAUUGGGUUGAUGCCCGCCCGCCGAUGGGAGCGGGGACGCGCGCCCGAUAGCCCCGGGAGGAAAUAGCAGGCGGUUUUCGUGUGAUAGUGACGUUAUUUUAUACUAGACAUCGCCCGCUCUUUUCCUGUACGGAGGGGGGGAGAAGUAAAGGUCAACCCAGGAGGGCUGCAGUUUUUGGAGGCGUGUUGAUGCCAGUUUGCGUGUUGUUCAGAGGUGCAUUGUUGGAAAGUUGCCCGACCCGACGCGAGUUUGUCGAGGGUCUUCUUGCGCCGACCGAGUGGUUCAUUCUUCUUGGAUGGCACAAUGGUUUUGUUUCUGCGUGCGCAGACAGGCAAAUUCGCGAAAUCCAGGGCUGGUCUUGUACACACGGCAGGCCCAGUUGAUGACUCGCGGAAGGAAUUUACCAUCCCUCCCUCCCUGCAAAAGCUGCAACAGACCCCGGAGCCUGUUCCGAACGCGACCUCCCGUUCCCCGUUGCUACUUUUGUCUUUUUUCCCGG